AUGACGACGCGCAAGAACCUCAUCAUUGACACUGACUUGCAUAGCGAUGUCGAUGAUGCGGGCGCAUUGCUGCUAGGCGCAACUCUCCCCAAUGUCAACCUUCUUGGUGUCAACGUCAACCAUCCCUGUUCAUACUCUGCCCUCGCAGCGUCUGCUAUUGUGGCACAUUAUGGACACCCGAACACACCUAUUGGUAUUCGUCGUCCAAUGAACGACGUAAGGUUCUUUGACGCCUGGGAUCACAAGCGCGGCGAGUACACGAGUAAAGUGGCCUACCACUGGUCCGGAGGCACUCUACCAUGGGGAAAGGCAGACAAAGCAUGGGAUCCAGUUGUCUUGUACAGAAAGCUACUCUCUGAAUCAGAAGACGGAAGCGUCACGAUUGCUUCCAUCGGCUUCCUCGACAAUUUGUCUGGACUUCUCAACUCCAAACCCGAUGAGUACUCUCAGCUCGACGGUCGCGAGCUUGCCAGGACUAAAGUAGCAGAGCUCGUCGUCAUGGGUGGCAAGUAUCCGAAAGGUCGUAGUUGGAACUUCUGGGGCUCCAAGCCUGCCCUUGCCGCUCAUGUAUUAGACACAUGGGACGGCCCAAUAACGUUUGUAGGCACUACUGUCGGCAAAGAUGUACUGGUAGGCGGGCCGCUCAUAAGGAGUGAUCUGGAAGAUGACCCAAUCCGAAUGGCUUACAUCUACUAUGGUUUCGGGAAGCCGCUACCUAGUUGGGAUCCACUUACUGUUCUGUAUGCUGCGAAUGGCCUAGGGGACAUGUUCGACGUUGCAGAAGACUGUGGCUACAAUAAGAUCAACGCCGAAGAUGGUUCAAAUGAAUGGAUAUAUGACGGCGUCUCGAAGGGACGGCGAACUCUGAAACUGAAAGUCAGCAAUGAAACCGCUGCGGCCGAGCUGGACUGUCUGUUUUUGGACGCUGCGCGAAAAUACUCUAAGCACACAGGCACCGCCUAG